GGCGAACUAAUUUGCCCAGACCCCCUUAUCGAUGCCGGGGAUCUAUAGCAUCAUGGUACCGGGAAAAAAUGCCCGGAUUAAAUCGAUAGAACGUCUGACACCUGCGGAAGGUAUAUAAGAUAAAUCAGUACCAAAAAGAACAGUUGUCAGCUGGUAUUUCAACAUCGUUCUCCGAUGAUGAAGGCGGUUCUUGUAUUGCUCGCCUUGUUGGGCCUGUCAAAGGCGCAUCCUCCUUAUUUGUACCCUGUAACAAAUACUAUAUAUCAGGUUCCACCAAUAAUACACUAUCAACCUUUCGUACCUCAGCCAUACCCUCAACCAUACCCUCAGCCACACCCUAAGCCACACCAUAAGCCACAGCCUCAACCACAGCCUCAACCACAGCCUCAACCACAGCCUAAGGGAGAGCCUGAAGCAAAAAUAUUAAGAAAUGACUUCGAUUUGGAUAACUCUCAAGGCUUCGAAUAUGCGUAUGAGACAAGCAAUGGAAUCAGCCACGCAGUCGUCGGAGAUGUCAAGAACCCAAGCUCCAAUCAGGAAUCGCUAGCAGUGGAAGGACAAUACAAUUACAUGGGCAAUGACGGAAAAAUGUACACUGUCCACUAUACCGCCGACGAAAACGGCUUCCAACCCAGUGGAGAUCAUCUCCAUGGAGCAAGUACGAAAAAGAAGCUUGGAAUUCCUUCAGCAGCGCUAGCUUCGUUAGCUGGAGGUGGUCUAGGUUAAGAAAAAAACGAUAAACGAAAAAACUCGAAUUUUCUGUAGUCAUGUGUGUACAGUCCACUGCCAAGAGGCUAGUUUAAAUGUAGUUUCUGGUUUUUCAUAUACUAGUCUUAUACAAAUCAAAUAAUUUUAUCAAGUGGCAAUACAAGUGUAGAUGUCAAAAUCAAGCGGGCUUUGAUUUUGACAGUUAGUUAACAUGCUAAAAUUUCUCUAACGAGUCGGCAGGAAAGAUUUUCAUAAACAACAUUCAAAAAUGUAAUAAUAAUCGCUGUUACAUGACAGCGAUGUAACAGCGAUUUUUUUUGCGUGCAAUUUUUCAUUAUAAUAGUUUUUUUGAUCAUACAAAGUUAUAAUACAGUACCUGUAUACUACGCUUGCUUCUGAAAUAUUUGGAUUAUGAUGUAUUUCUAGUUAACCUUAAUUUGUAAUAUUUAAUAAUUUGACAAACAAUAAAAUAUUAUAAGUAUGUACUUAAUGUAAAAUUUAAUGUCACUGUUUUAUUACAUUAAUUAUAUUCUCAGCUUUUUAUCUAUAAUAUCUACUAUUUAUACAAUAAAUGUUUAAUGUUAUAGACAAAGUUUAUCACUGCCGCAAUGAAAGAAAAACUAAACUGUAUCUAGACUAGUCAAUCUAAUUGAUCAUGAUUUUAUUAGAUAUUUGAUUCUUGAGUAGAUAUAUACGGUCAUAAAUAUUAUAUAUUUAUAUGCAUAGAGGUAAAAUGGCUACAGAAAAUACAAAACUGUACAAAACGUUAUAUUCAUUUAUAUAAAAAGGAUAUAAAUGUGACAUCUCAUUCUCAUCUUACACAAUUCUAUUAUUUAAAUCUAGAAACUGCCGAUAUUACUAAUGUUAUUAGGUGUAAUUUAUUUAUAGUAACUUUAAAAUAUUUUUAUAAUAAAUAUGUGUUCAAAAUUA